UCCACUACCAGCUAGGAGCGACCUCGUCUUGCCGCUUCUAACCGUACAACCGAGGGAUCACAUACUCUGGGAGUUCCCUUGAGACUGCUAUAUUAAUCAUGCCAAUCCUCGCGACAGGAUCUGCUUCUUGGGCACUAUGAAGUCGUCUUGACUCUGUCACAGUCAUGUCGCAUUGUAGGAUCCCUGGAUCUGCUGCGUGGAGAGCCAAGUCCGUCCUCCGUACAUCAAUCAAUGCUCAACGUCGAGCCACCCAUACCGACCAUGAGCCUACCAUAAAGUCCCUGGACUCGAUCUUGAUCGCCAAUCGAGGAGAGAUCGCGAUAAGAGUCAACCGCACAGCAGCCAAGCACGGCAUCCGCACUGCAACACUCUACACGAACCCAGACGCACUCUCACAACAUGCGCACUCCUCGCCCUUCUCCUUCAACCUCGGCGCAACUGCCGCCUACCUCGACCAAGAGAAAAUCCUCGCAAUAGCCAAAGAACAAGGGUGCAAGGCCAUCCAUCCAGGCUAUGGCUUCCUGUCCGAGAAUGCCGAGUUCGCCAAAAAAUGUGCAGAAGCAGGGGUAACAUUCAUUGGCCCACCAGCCACCGCGAUCGAGGACAUGGGUGACAAAGCGCGUAGUAAAGAGAUCAUGAACGCGGCGAAGGUACCCUGCGUGCCGGGAUACCAUGGACGUGAUCAAGCACCCGAAACCCUUGCCAAGGAGGCAGAGCAGAUCGGGUAUCCAGUCCUCAUUAAAGCCGUCCGGGGUGGUGGAGGGAAAGGAAUGCGCAUUGCCAAAAGUGCCCAGGAGUUCUCAGACAUGCUGGACAGCGCCAAAAGUGAAGCGAGGAACUCCUUUGGCAACGACGAUGUCCUCGUGGAGAAGUACAUCACAACACCAAGACAUAUCGAAGUGCAAGUGUUUGCCGACAAACACGGAAAUUGUGUUGCCCUCGGUGAACGCGACUGCUCAAUCCAACGACGACAUCAGAAGAUCCUUGAAGAGUCACCAGCACCGAACCUGGACGACUCAAUCCGGAAGGACAUCUGGGACAAGGCCCGUGCCGCUGCACUUGCUGUCAAGUACGAAGGUGCCGGGACUGUUGAGUUCAUCUUCGACAAUGACACUGGAGAAUUCUUCUUCAUGGAAAUGAACACAAGAUUACAAGUCGAACACCCCGUGACAGAGAUGGUCACCGGGCUCGAUCUGGUUCACUGGCAGAUUUUGGUCGCUGAGGGCAAACCAUUACCCCUGACUCAAGAACAGGUCGAGGAGCGAAUUGCGCGACGAGGCCAUGCCAUUGAGGCUCGAAUCUAUGCCGAAAAUCCCGACAAGGGCUUCAUUCCAGACUCUGGCAAGCUCUUGCAUGUGCGGCUCCCCCAAGAGACCGCUGAUGUCCGUAUCGACAGUGGUUUUAUUGAAGGAGAUGAGGUGUCAAGCCAUUAUGACCCUAUGAUAGCCAAGUUGAUUGUCCGAGCCGAAACCAGAGAAGACGCGCUUCGCAAACUGGCCAUGGCACUACAGGACUACGAGGUCGCCGGACCGGUCACGAAUAUCGACUUCUUGAAAAGAACGUGUAUCUCAUCUGACUUCGUGGCGGGCAAAGUCGAGACAGGAUAUAUCGAGAAGCACCGAGAUGAGCUCUUUCCAGAAUCAGGUGUCACUCCCGAAGUGCUGGCCGAGGCGGCAAUAACUUCGUACCUGCACUCAACCAGCCAUGUAUCAGCAGCAACAACUCCGUCCCUGCAGCCGUCGUCCUCGCCUUCAUGGCUGAAUACUUCCUGGGACUUUCAACCCCGGAUAUUCCACUUCCAGUCUGCAGACUUUGAGCCAGGACCGGGCAAAACGCCCGAUAUAUAUACUGUCGAAGUGCAACAGACCAGCCCCGGCCACUUCGCCGUCAGCACAGCAUCUGACUCCACACCCAUCAACGUCUCUUCCACCCUCGAUGCCGCAACGAAUACGCUGACAACUUAUUUCCCUCACACGCGGCAUACAUCGCGCGUCGUCCUUGCGCCUUCGACAACAACGUCUUCCGGUGCGAUCCACCUCUUCACACCAGACGGAUCUUUUCGUCUCGUGCCACCUCAACCUUCGUGGCUUGCCAAAGCUCUUGGUGUCAGAGAGAAGGCGAACUCGCUACUAUCGCCUAUGCCGGCCAAGAUUCUGCGUGUGCUUGUGAAAGCGGGCGACACAGUCAGCAAAGACCAGCCCCUUUUAGUCAUUGAGAGCAUGAAAAUGGAAACGGUCAUUCGCAGUCCCGCCGAAGGCGUUGUGGUCAAGCGUGUCGUGCAUGAUGAAGGUGAGGUCGUCGGUAGUGGCGUUGAGUUGGUCGAGUUUGAGGAACAGGAAGGUAAAGGGGAGUAAGUGUGGUAAUCUUUCCUUCUCGACGAGCUGCUGGAGCAGCAUUUUCUAGAUCGCUUGAAGUUAGAACAGACCGACUGCCUGCCAUGGUAAACCUCAGACCGCAUCAGGACGGCGUACCGCACACUUCCGAUGUGCAGGUUUGAGAGGAGGUU